UGGGCGGCGCGUUGCUCUCUCACCUCCCCUUCCGCAGCCUGCUCCGCCCCGGGCUGUGUGAGCGGAGCGGCCGGGGCAGGUGGGCGCAGCCUGGGGACCCUCCCCAGCAAGCCGGGUGUCAUCGCUUGGGCUUGGGGUGGACGGUUUAGUUUUCAGCAUGGCUGUGGACUGGCUCGGCUUUGGCUACGCUGCCCUGGUGACAUCAGGGGGGCUCAUUGGCUACGCAAAAGCAGGUAGUGUCCCAUCGCUAGCUGCUGGCCUCUUCUUUGGAAGUUUGGCGGGACUGGGUGCCUAUCAGCUCUCACAGAAUCCGAAUAAUGUUUGGAUUUCUCUGAUUACAUCUGGAACAUUGACUGCCGUGAUGGGAGCAAGAUUUUACAACUCUGGAAAAUUCAUGCCCGCAGGGCUAAUUGCUGGUGUCAGUUUGCUGAUGGUUGGAAGAUUAGCACUGAAGAUGGUGGAUAAGCCCCAUGAAAAGUAACUGUUCACUUUACAACUUAAUAUCUGGAUAAGGAAACCUAAUAAUGAAGCUGUAUGAAUGUAGAAACAAGAAUAUGAAGCAGUUUUCUACAUGAAGACAGCUUACUGUUUUUUUCCUUUUUUUUUUUAAUGGAAAGAAGAAUGAUGGGGUGGAUAGUCUACUAUCUACUAGUGGAUAGUACAAGACAUACAAGGUGCCAUUUAUUUCAGUGACCUAGUAGAGCUAUUACUGUGUAGUGAAAAAUUUGGUCCUGGUUUUAUUUUUUUGAAAAACAUUUAAGUGUUUAACACUUCCCAUUUUUAUAUUCCAAAGUAUAUCGACGAUGUGUAUGAAGUACACAGGACCUGUAAUUUAGGAAGUACCCACAAAGUGUCACCAGCAGAAACUGGCUCAGUACAGCACUGUAUCUUAUGCCUUUCAUACUGACUAUUACAGUAUGCUUUACCUGCUGUAUUCUGAGUUGAUGAUGCAUUAUGUCUAUAACACCAAACAGAUCCUACCUUUUUUAGUGUGAAAUGAUGCUCAAAUGUUGCUUUUUUUACAAGUAAAACAUGUUACAAACCUUU